CCUGGCCUCCUGGGGUUGGCCCAAUCAACCGGCUCUUCACCUUUGCGACAGCGUCCCCGUUACUCUGCGAUUCGUUAAACGAACCUUGCACAAUCCCAAUCCUCCAUAGGCCAGCCGCGCCGCCGGUCUCCGGCCACCCGGCAGCCAAGCCCCUCCGGCCCUUCCCGUCCCUGUUCAUCUCUAUCCCACCAAAUUCGGCGGUCUCCAGGGUUCUUGUACUCUCUAUUUCGUCGUCCGAUACGCCCCGAAUCGAUGGAGAUUAGGGCGCCGCCAACGAGCCUAGUGCAGCCGCCGCAGGCCGUCGUCAACUUCCGACGGACCGCUCUCAGGACCUCCUUCGUCACCGGCAGCGUUUCACUCCGAGUGGCACAAGUACGCCAACCAAAUGUUAACAGAUUCAAGUGCAAUGGCAUACGGAGUAACCUCUUUGAUAGACUAACUAGGGUAGUCAGGUCCUAUGCAAAUGCAAUUUUGAGUUCAUUUGAAGACCCUGAGAAGAUCCUGGAUCAGGCCGUUUUGGAGAUGAAUGAUGAUCUAACAAAGAUGCGACAAGCCACUGCACAGGUCUUGGCGUCUCAAAAGCGGCUUGAGAACAAGUACAAAGCUGCUGAACAAGCUGAUGCUGAUUGGUAUCGGAGGGCACAACUUGCUCUUCAGAAGGGUGACGAGGAUCUUGCUCGUGAAGCCCUGAAACGGCGUAAAUCAUAUGCUGACAAUGCAAGCUCCUUAAAGGCCCAGCUUGAUCAGCAGAAAGGCGUUGUUGAAAAUCUUAUUUCAAAUACCAGGCUUCUUGAGAGCAAGAUAGCAGAGGCCAAGCAGAAAAAGGAUACCCUAAAAGCUCGCGCCCAAUCAGCCAAAACUGCAACAAAAGUGAGUGAAAUGCUGGGGAAUGUAAAUACAAGCAGUGCCCUGUCAGCAUUCGAGAAAAUGGAGGAAAAAGUUAUGACAAUGGAAUCCCAAGCUGAGGCACUUGGUGAAUUAGGAGCUGAUGAUCUGGAAGGAAAGUUUGCAAUGCUUGAGACUACAUCGGUUGAUGAUGAUCUUGCACAAAUGAGAAAAGAACUGUCCGGGAGCUCUUUGAAAGGUGAACUUCCUUCAGGUAGAACAACAGUCAGCAAAUCAGGUAGCCCUUUCCGAGACACGGAGAUCGAGUAUGAGUUAAAUGAACUGCGGAAGAAGGCAAAAGAAUAUUAGAUUUUACAGCUCGCGUCCGGGAAACUGGCUUUGACAAGAUCUCCUAACUGAAGAACCCCAGAAGAACUACCGGCUGUCUCCAGUGCACUUUGUUUGUUGAAGGCAUGGAUGCGUGAAAAGUUUUCUCAAACAUUUUUCCUGUGAAUGAUAUUGUACAGUUAACCGUGACCAUGCCUAAUGUAAAUACUCAUUUUAGAUCUUAGCUGAGAGUCCCAUCCUUGCUCACCUAACUCUGGUUGGUGUCAUAACAUGUAUUGAGACUUGAAUGUGAAGCUCAUAAAAUUUUCCGGACACGGCCGUCCAAAUUUCCAAGGCAAUACACUCGGUUCCUAUUAA